AUGCUGGUCUCUCUCACCGUCGGCAAAGUCGAUGCCGGCGUGACGGUGCUUUUGACGCCUGACAAGCGCCUGAUCGAGUUUCCCUCUAUCCUCCUGCCGCCCAACAUCGCAUCGGGCUCCAUCGUCGACAUCACAGUUGCGCGCAACAACGCCUCUGAAUCCGAAGCCGAUAAGCGCUUCUCGGCACUACAAGAUCAGAUCUACGGCUCAUUCGGUGCCGGCGAACCCUCGACGCCCAUCCUGCGCUGCCGCAACGCAACCCAAACCUCGGUCGUACUGGAAUGGGACCCGAUCGAACUGGCGACAGCCGACCUAAUCUCACUCUCGCUCUACCGCAAUGGCCAGAAGGCCGGUAACAUCCCGCGGCCCCUGCACAUGCACAGCACCAAGAUUUCUGGUCUGGCCGUCGACACCGAGUACACGUUCUACCUGGUGUUGCGGACGAGCGCCGGCACCUUCAGUAGCAAGCAGGUGACAGUCCGCACGCACAAGAUGACGGACCUGAGCGGUGUCACCAUUACGACAGGCAUCCUACCUUCGGCCACUCGCGAUAGUCUCGCAAAGGCGGUGGAGCGCAUUGGAGCUAAACUCGUUGACGGCGUGCGAAUUGACACGACGCACUUCGUAACCACCGAGGGCCGCGGCAUCGCCUGGGAGAAGGCCGUCGAGAUGAACAUCCCCGUGGUUCGGCCGGAGUGGGUCGAAGCGUGUGAGACCAAUGGCAGGAUCCUCGGUGUCACUAAAUUCUACCUCGAUGCGCUGAGACCCGGCCCGCCGAGCGAGGAGCAGGUGCCCCGAACCGAACCAUCACAGGUCCAGCAGAAGGGUUUGCCGCCUGACCCACCAGCAGAUAAUGGCGAUGGGGAGGCGGCCGCAAGGAAACCCCGGGACGAGGAUACGGAGAGCGAGAGUGAGGAGAGUGAGAGCGACGGGCAAGAGGAGAAGGCGAGAUACGAGGCGGAGCAGAAGGUGAGAUUAGAGGACAAGGAAACACAAAAGGUCGCAUUGCGGCCGGGUCAGCCUUCGUUCGGCAAGGAUGGAUCUGAUGAUGAAGAUGAAGAUGAACAAAUGGGCAAGGAUGAGAAGAAGAAGGUGCAGCCAUCGCCAUCCGCCGGGGAUGGCGCGAGCUUCCAGGAUGUUGCUUUGUGA